UACAUACAUACAAUAUACGUGUGUAUGUAUGUAUGUAUAUAUGAAUUGCGAUCCUGCUGUUGCAAAUAAUUUUUUAUCCUGAUGUGAACAAGGAAAAAAGCUGAUGUUCUACAAAAUAUUUUCGGAAGUAUCGUGCUUGAAAAUAUUCACCGUCCUUUUGUCCGCAGUACCUGAUACAGGUACAAUAUGUAGAUAUCAAGGCUUUGAAAGUACGAUUUAGAUUCUAAUAUGAUGCUUGUGCAGAGGAUUUGAUACGAAGAUAUUUUACAAUGUACGAUUUGCGGAAAGAAAUUACAAGUCUAAUUUGCAUUGGAAGAGGAAAUCAUUUAUUAAGUUCUUAUUGAAUUACAUGUUACAUAUUUCACGAUUUUAUUCUCCUGGAUUUGUAAAUAAUUUGGAUAGUUUUCUAAAUUCCGUUUGGAAAUAUUACAUUUAUAUAUUUAUUUGUUAUAUGCAAUACUAUGUUUAUAAUUUAUAUUGAUAAAAAUUUAUUCCUGUGUUAACAUUGAAAAUUCCUCUGCAGCAUGAGAGACGCGCACCUUUCUUAACUAACAAAAUUUUUGAAUUUUGAGUUUAUAAAUAUACAUUACUCAGAGAGAAAGAGAGAGUAAACGCACGUAUAUUAUUAAUCUUGCUUUCAGUGAUUGAAGCAAAUGCUUAAAUUCAAGCAGAUGCUUACCCAAGGAAUUAAAUUGAUUUGUAUGUGUAUUAUCCGGUUGCAUUGGCUCAUAAUCUUUUAACGCUUCCACUUAACUGUUAAAAUAGAGAUAGUUACUAAGAGAAUCGCAUAGAGAACGACUUUCAUUGUGAUAUUUCCUAAUCAGGUCGAGCCUGGUAAAAAGAAAAACACAAAAAAUAUCGUUGUCAAACGUUGAUAUGCAAAUUACAGUAAUGGUGAUACCAAUGUUAAGGAUAAAGUGAUAGAUAUAAGUAAAAUUCGAGUGCUAGCAUAAUAGAUAUUUAUAAUUAAAAUUAUACAUUUCACAUAAAAAAAAAAUAAAUUGAUUUUGACUCUAUAAGAAGUCGACAGUUAAUAAAAAUCUCUAAGGCGCGAUUGAUAGUAUUUUUUAAAAAAAGUUAGCAAUGCAACACUAUAAUAUCGGUAAAACCUGUUUGAACUUUAGAAAUAACAUUCCCAUACACGGAUCCCUUAAAGUUAUUAAAUGAAUAUUUUUACAGCUCGUAUAUCUUUCCAAAUCGAAUUAUUCGAAUACAUGCAGCCAUCUGCGAUCCGAAAGGAAGAUUUAGGAAAGUCUUAGGAGGUGGAUCCCUUUUUCAAAGCACCAAUAGCCGUCCCACAGCCUAUCGAUGAUUGGUCAGUGUAGCGUAAAGCACCACCCGCGAUCCACGAUAAGAAAGGUAUAAAGGUACAGACGCGCGUGCCGUUUAUUUAGUCUGGUCUGAUCUAGGUAACGAAAUGGUAUCGAAACAUCCGGAAGACUCAAACUGACAGAGGACUAGAAGCAUUAAGUGACAGAAAUAAAAUAAAUAAAAGCUUUUUACCUGUCAGUAAAUCGCAAAAAUUCCAAGACGAUGCAUCACACGUGGUUUUGGAAACAAUUUGAGAUGUCCUGUCAGAGGUAUCUCGACAGCAUAACUAUUUCGUGCAACAAUAAGUCGAACGGAUCGUCCAGUCUCAAAGCAAAAGAAGCUGACAGCACGGAUAGCUCCGCCUUUCGAUCUAACAAGCUCCGAGGAUCAAAAUUGAAAUUAAAGCUGAACGAUGUUACAGCAAUCAACAGCGGGAACGCAAUGUUCUAUAAAAUGUCUGCGAUUCCUAGCUAUGAUACCUUCAACAUAACGAAUGUCGACGUAAACGAAAGUGCCAGGAAGUACCCGACAAACAAGAAGUCUGCCAGGAAAGCUGAAGAAUUUGCGCAGCGCGUGGAUGUGCGGUGUAAUACUCCCUCAAGUUCUAGCUUUGGUACUUCGCAUGACAAUGUAAAUAAAGAGAGAAAUAUAACAAAGAGGAAGUUCGAAUCCUUCGUUUCCCACAAGGAAAAUGUAUUCGAGACUAUCAGCUGCGGCUGCGGUUUGAACAUAGGGUUCAUCGAGACAGGGUCGAACAAGAUGAAGAAAACUGUGACGGACAAAAGGUCCAACUUCAUCAUCCUAGACGAGGACGAGAAGCCCGCGCAGCGUGUGGACGCGACGAACGGUUCGUCCGUGAUCUCUAACAGCCACGUGGAUCACGUCGAUCAAGAUGACACGAGGAUAGAAUUGCCGAACUUGGUAAAUGUCUCGGACUUCGAGGGAGACGGGGACGUAGACUUUUCCAGCGAUUUCAAGCACAACGCUCCGCGCUAUUCAUCGACGCCCCUACCACCGCAAGAGCUUGCGGCUCUCGCAUCUCGCGGCAUCUCGAACGAUACGAAGCCGUGUUCCGAGGCCUCCUGGACAUUGGAGGAUAGUAUCACCAGUUUGAUCAGUCAAUCAGUGGUCCAAGAUAAGAACGAUCAGGUCGAGUUGUGGUUGAACAACAGCGCGUGGAAGCGAGACGAAGCACAUGGGCAGGUAGACAAUAGACAAGUGUACCUGCGUAAAUGUGUUCGGAGAAGACGUAGCCCUUUCUGGAAAUGGCAAGAACUGUUCAGGGGGAAAUUGAAUAGUAACAAAGCCGUAAAUUUGUCUGGCUACGAGGCUGACGACGAAGACAUCGUACCGAGCGGGAGGUUGAUGUGCGCAAGAUGAAGGUUCUCUGCCAGCCAAUGGCUGUAACUUUUCGAAUUUGGGAAAUAUAUUUGCUUAAAAUAUAUUAAACUAUUAACUGAUGGUAAAUAAAAAAAUAUUUCGUACUUUAUUUAUUCCUAUUCCUAAUUAUGGAAUCAUUUUUACUCUGUUAUUUUAAUUUGUUUAAAGAGUAUAUACAGUUUUUGAUAAUAAUAUAUAGCGAAUGUGGAGAGAAUUAAGAUGACCAUAAAGUCCUGUAUUGUGUUUUACGAUUUUCGCAAUAAAUUAGCAAAUCACAGAGACGGUAGACAAUAAAAACAGACUCUAAUAGACAUGAUCGCGAUCAUAUUACCUAGCAAUGAGUGCAAAUGACAACACAGCAGGAUGUAAGGACAGUACGUCAAGCAUAUAUUUUAGCAAAAUAUUAUUCAUUAUUUGUGCCCGUUCCUAGGUAAUUUUCCUGUAGGUAGAUUUUAGGUAGAUUUCCUUUAGAAGGAAUAAUUUACCUCCCAUGUAAGUUGUUAGGCAUUCUGACAUCACUUUGUUACUGGUAUAGCAAAGUCCAGGUAGUAUCCUGUAAAGUAAACUCCAAGUAGCAAAAUCCGAUGUAGCCAAGUGCAAGCCAUGUCGUCAUAAACGUCAUUAGGUAUCUUCCGAUUUCAUUGCCACUUUAGAAGCUGUUUUCGUUGAAACUAAAAACAAAAAUUUGAAACAGUAUUUUAAUAGCCUGUUUCCUAUGACAGAAUGCAAUAUCUUGGAUAUUUUAAGUUGUCAUAAUUUAAAAAAAAA